AAAUAGUGUCCAGUAAUAAUAACCUAAUGAUUAUAAAUGGCCUCAAGAUCUGCUGAGGAUAAUCAGCGAGGUCAGGAAGCUGGUGAAUAUCUCCAACAGGAUACAAAAAAUGUCGGGGAACCCUUCGAAGAAAAAGCUCAUCAGCAAAGUCAACGUGGAGAUGAAUUUGUGUUCCAAAGCCGUAUGGAAUACCUGAUAAUUUUUCUCACUCUACAAUCGGGAAAUAUGAACUUCAUAAUGACAGCCACUAAUUGCGCUCAGUACAAAGGAAUCUCCUUCUUGAUACUCUACAUCAGCAUCCACCACCUUGUAAUAGUGCCUCUUCAAUGCCAGCAUCUUUUUCUUGGAUACUACUCAAAAUUUGGAUACAUAAAAGUAUGGAACAUUUUUCCGAUCGGAUACGGUAUCGGUGCCAGUAUGAUGGCAUUUUCUCUCUACACAUGCAUUAUCUCGAGUACGUUGAUCGGUCAGCUGCUUCUUCAGUUGUGCUAUUUGCCCUUCAUGCCAGAUAAUUACUGGACAGAUUGCAGCUACGAAUCUAAGAACCUACCACCGUGUUUCGAACUGAACUCUAAACAUGGAACCAUAGAUUGCAAUAAGACUUACUACCCGGGAGCUGCACAGUAUUAUCGCCUCUCGAAUCUUUGGCGUCCAGAAGAAAAACCGGAUAGAAUCGGGCCCAUUAACGAAAAGUGGAUCGCCCUUUCAGCAAUCGUAUGGAUAGUCGUCUGUAUCUUGACCAACCGCGAUUUCAAGUCGUUCAAAGGAGUGUUUGCGAAAAUGAUGUACUUCCUAACGUUAGUGUCUUUUCUGGUGGUAAUUUUGCAAUGGACGAUCCAAGGUCACUCGCAAAAAGGGUCCUUACUCAUGUUGGAUUUCAGUGGAUUGUUCAACUACAAAAUUUGGGUCAAAGCCCUGACUCACGCGAUUCUGAUGUCUCAUAUUUGCGAAGGAACUAUCAUUCAAUUAGGAAGUUAUGGCCCAGAAAACACCAUGCCUGAUACUGAUGCAUUUCUGGUUGGCUCUUUAGCAAGUACACUGCAGUUUUUGGGAGUCUACUACGUUUACUCGUCGUACGGAUCAAUGUCCGAUUACUAUGCCGUUGACAUUAGCUGUUUCAUCUGGCCAUAUGAAAUCGUUAUAAUGGCUUUGAUUCCGACCCAAUUUUCCCCCUUCCCCAUGGCCAGGAUCUGGAUCCUUGGGGUUUUUCUGAUGCUUGUUGUAAAAGGCAUCAUGGAAAUGACUAUAAUUUUCACGGCAACAGUGAACUCAUUUCUGGAAGCAUUUCCAUCGGCGAAAGCGUACAGAUCGUAUUUAGUCAGCGUGGUUACUGUUAGCUGCUUCUCAGUGAGCCUCAUCUUCACAACGAAGGUGGGAGAGAUAUUCACUCAUCAUUUUCUCGAUUUUGUCGCGACCUUCGUCGCCCUGCUUAUUCUGGCAAUUAUGUCAUCCCUUAUUCUUUUUUCUUAUUCCAUCACCCGACUCUGUGAUGAUAUUCAAUUCCUGCAUAAAUUUGAACCUACGGUCGUGAUGAAAGCAGUUUAUUACUUGACGCCAUUGGUUACGACAUAUUACACACUCUCUAACUUGGCGGACAUCCUGUCAUUAUCGGACGAAAUAAGUACCCUUUAUGAUGGACUCAGAAAUCUACAGCCUUUCUUGAUAAUAUCCUGCGUCGCCCUUGUGACCCCUCUUCUCUUGACCAGCGUUAUUUUAUACGGGAUACAUGUACGAACACACACAGUAGCGAUGCUGUUUCAUCCGACGAGACUUUGGGGCUGUCCAGACGAAGAACUCAAUAAGGCCCGACGGCUAUUUAAUCCGAGACGUGAGCUACGCUACAAAGCGCGAAAACCUUGUGCCCACAUAUGUUUGCUCGAUAACAAGCGCAUGCAGAUGGAAAUUCAGAAAAGGGAAGCUAUCAGAAAUAGAGUGAAACGGUACGGGUUUGAAGCGAUGAAUGAAACUGCCUGA